AUAUUAUUUGACAAAUGAUUCGGAUAAAGACUUUGAUAAUGAAACUAAUGAAUAUGAAAUUCAUAAUGAAGCACCAAUAUCUUUAACUAUAUAUAGUGAUGAUUUUUUUACCAUUGAUCAAAUCGAACAAUUUCAUAAAAUAUAUACUCUUUAUCCAAUGCAUGUAGUAAUAGAAGAUGAAAAAGCUCGUGAAAAGCG